CUUCAAAGAUAUAUGCCACCCAGGUGUUAGAGCAACUGGUGACAGAAAAAUACACAGGUGGUAGUCAUGGCAUAAGAGAGCACAUCCUCAGGAUGAGCAAUAUGGUAGCAAAGCUCAAACCCAUGGAUGCGGAUCUGGAGAUCAAACCAGCGCUCCUGGUCCACCUUGUCAUGGCUUCAUUGCCGAAGGAGUUUGAAGCUUUUGUUGUGAACUAUAAUAUGUCACUUGGAACAUGGGACGUUGAAAAGACAAUAGCAAUGUGUGUUCAAGAAGAGGAGAAACUCAAAGCCUCACAUGGUGGUACACUCAACUAUGUGCAGGGUCACAAAAGAAAGAAUUACAAUCUAAACAACAAAAGUUCUCCUUCAAAGCCACAAGGAAAAGUUUCCUAUCAGCAUCAGCGUCAACAACAGCCUUUCUCAGUGGACAAAGACACUUGUCUUCACUGUAAGAAGACCGGGCAUUACAAGAAAGACUGUCCUGUUUGGCUAAAGUCGAUCAUGGCAAAAAGAGGGAUUCCAUUCGACGCGGACUACGCUAAGAAGCGAAAGACGCAUUGAAGUGGCGAACGGAGUUGAAGCAGAAGUUGAAGCUGUCGGUGAUAUCUUCUUGGAGUUAGCUGAUGGAUUCAAUCUUCUACUUAGAGAUGUUUUAUUUGUUCCAUCAUGUCAUAGAAACUUAAUAAGUGUUUCUUUCUUGGACAAAGAUAAUUAUGAGUGUUAUUUUGGACAUGGCAAGUGUGCCAUUUGGUUAAAUAAUGCUUAUGUGGGUGAUGCUUUACUACAUGAUGAGCUUUAUUUGUUAUCACUUCGUGAAAAAGUUUAUUCCGUUUGCAAUGUGAAAGAACAUGUUUCUGCGUCGAAUAAAGAACAAAAGAAAAGAAAAAGAACAUUUUACUCAUCGAAAUUAUGGCACUGUCGCUUGGGCCAUAUUUCGAAGGGGAGAAUAGAAAGAUUAGUCAAAAGUGAAAUUCUUCCUCCGUUAGAAUUUUCAGACUUAGAACAAUGCAUAGAUUGCAUUAAAGGAAAGUACGUAAAACAAAUAAAAAAAGGUGCAAUCCAUAGCACAGGCACACUAGAAAUCAUUCACACUGAUAUUUGUGGACCAUUUCCGGUGAAAAGUGUGGAUGGAUAUGACUCGUUCAUAACAUUCACAGAUGAUUACUCUCGCUAUGGUUAUAUUUAUCCAAUCAAAGAAAGAUCGGAAGCGUUGGAUAAAUUUAAAAUAUUCAAAGCUGAAGUUGAAAAUCAGCACGAUAAAAGAAUAAA